AUGGUUGCUCAGAAAAUGGCAUCUCGAAGGAGUGCUGCAAAUACCUUUGGGGGAACCCAAAUCCCAAUUCAUGACCUGAAGCCCAAUCCUCUGGGCCGGCAAGGCUCCCUUUACAACCUCACUUUUGCUGAGAUGGAAAACCAACUGGGAGAUUUGGGAAAGCCUCUAAGUAGCAUGAAUCUUGAUGAACUUCUGAAGACCCUUUUCACUGGUGAGCCCAACAACACUAAUCAAACUGUCGAAGGUGGCGAUUCUGGCCGGCCCACAUUGCUUUCCUCCUUAAACCGACAGCCUAGCGUCACAUUAUCUCACGAUCUGAGCAAAAAGACAGUUGACGAGGUUUGGCACGAUAUCCAGCAGGACCAUAAAAAAUACCGUUUGGAUAGGAAGGCGACACUUGGCGAGAUGACAUUGGAGGAUUUCUUGGUCAAGGCUGGGGCAGUCUCGGGGAAAAAAAACCUUGGAUCUCUAACUGAAGAGGUUGAGCUUUCGCAGCAAGCAUCUCAGUGGAUGAGUUAUCCAUUCCCUUCUAUUCAUCCUCAGCAACCACAGCCGAGCAUGAUGCCCGUUUUUGUUCCGGGGCAUUCGGUUCAGCAGACCAUUCCUAUUGGUGGGAAUCCAGUGAUGGAGAGUGUAGCUUACCCUGAGAACCAAAUAACUAUGUCCUCUUCACCAAUUAUGGGCAACUUAUCGGAUACGCAGACGUCCAGUAGAAAACGAGCCCCACUCGAUAUAGUUGAAAAGAGCGUCGAGAGGAGGCAGAAAAGGAUGAUCAAGAAUCGGGAGUCGGCUGCACGAUCACGGGCAAGGAAGCAGGCAUACACCCAUGAGCUUGAGAACAAGGUUUCACUUCUCGAGGAAGAGAACGAAAGGCUCAAAAGACAACAGGAGUGGGAGAAGGUUUUACCGACCAUACCACCACCAGAGCCAAAGUAUCAAUUGCGUAGGACGAGCUCAGCUCCCUUGUGA